AUGGAGGUUGUUAUCCCUCUUAAGAGUGGCGCAAACUUGUCUGGACACAGCCAGCAGGACAUACUCAACGCAGUGCAGGAUGAGUACUUCAAUCGGUACUUGGAUCAACUGGGCAUUGCCCCCACGUCUGCCAACAAGGCACAAAUGCUGAAGUUCCGCCCCAUGGACGAUUGUGAAGUGCAAUCCAUGUGGGCAGAUGACACCAGUUCGGGUCUUGCGUCUGCCCUUCGCAUAGCUCCUCCACUGCGCCAUCGAGUGGGCUACGAAGAUGACGACGAACAACCAUUGGACAGAGCCAUCAUCGCCCACCUCUAUGGAGAAGCGGACGACAUCCCUGUGGAGCCACCGAACGUCCCAGAGCGCACGAUCUUCCCUGUGGACUUGACAAAGAUGUUCGCGGAAGAGAAGAGGCAGACUCAGAAGGCCGAUGUCACCUUGGCCGAAGUCCGCAAGCACAAGGCCGAGUACGAGGAACGAAUCCGGCGGCGCGCGAUGGCGGCGACAGGCGGCACCCAUGCGGCGGGCAGCCUCGACAGCGAUCAGCAACAGCGCUUUAAGCAGGAGCUGGAGUCACUCAAGGGGAAGUACAUCUUGCCCUUCGCUUGCGACCGCCCCCUGCAGGAAGGGAGCCGCCGUACACAGAUUGCGCCCUGGCCGCCGCAGGGCCCCCUCGACAUGAAGCUACAGGGAGAUGGGGCCGAGCUGGUGUGUGAGCCUCUGUCCAUCGAGAUCGAGCAGAUCCAGGUUCAGAUGAAGUCUUGGGUGCAGAAUCAGCUUCCCCUGGAGCUCUUGAGCUCCAGUGGGCGGAAGGACCCACAGUUCUUGGAGGAGCUGCGCGGGUCGCUCUGGGAGACAGAGGUUUGCCAGCUCAUUGGUGUGCUGGCCCACUUGCUGUACUGGCUUGCGUUCAGCUGCUGUCGGAGGCCAGAGCAGCCACGACUCAGUCAGUUCGCGCUGCAGGGCCUCGUCACCACGGCCCACGAGAGCUGGGUGAAGCUCGAGCGGCGGCAUAAGAGCUCCAAGUUGGGAAACAGCCUUGCCAUGCCCUGUGUCCUGCUCACGUUGAAGUAUGGCAUGGAAGUUUGCUUCGAGUCGCAGUACCCGAGCCUCUUCGGAGAGAAGAGCGGCGAGUGGGCGACGCGACAAGACCUGAUUGAGCGGAUCAACACCCUGCUGAUGCGGCUCUUCGACCCCGAUGGCACCUAUGCCCGCUUCGGGCGCCGGGGCCGUGGGGUGAAGGGUGGUGGGACUGAGGGGGACUGA